CUAAAAAAAUAACGUAAAGUAAGUUUAAUUAAGCAGGAAAUAAAAGAUGAAUUUGAGAGGGUAAAAUGGGUAUAUCAGCGGAAGAGAGUUAGAGUUGUGUUUAUCGUCAAACUCGUGAAGCAGUGACACCAGACAAUAACAGAGAAGGUCCACCAACUCAGCCGGUGACGGAGUUUUUGCACACGUCCAAUUCAAUUCUGCCACGUCACCAACUCUUCCUCUGCUCUCUACCACGUGUCGACGGUCACCGUCAACUCACUUCCUUCCGUCAACGAAACCCCAAAAAAGAUCGGCGGCGAGAAGGAUAUGGACGAUGAGGAAGAGAUCCAGUCGCAUCCGUCGCCGGCGAGCGGAUCCCCGGUGUCUUCUCCGAGGGCGAACGGACGGAUAACGGUGACUGUCGCGGCGCCGGCGCCGUCGAAUAGUUUGGCAUUAGCGCUUCCGAUUCAGCAGCCGUCGAAGGGGAACGGUGGUGGAGGAGGCGGCGGAGGAAGGGAGGAUUGCUGGAGCGAAGGCGCGACGGCGGUACUGAUCGACGCGUGGGGAGAGAGGUAUCUGGAACUGAGCAGAGGAAAUCUGAAACAGAAGCACUGGAAGGAGGUGGCGGAUAUCGUGAGCGGCAGAGAGGAUUACACGAAGGCGCCGAAGACAGAUAUUCAGUGCAAAAACCGGAUCGACACCGUAAAGAAGAAGUACAAAUCGGAGAAGGCUAAGAUCGCCGCCGGCGCCACCAGCAAGUGGCCGUUCUUCGACCGUUUGGACAAAUUAAUCGGUCCAAGCGCCAAGAUCCCCGGAGCCGGAGCCUCCUCCGGUACCGCCGGCACCAGUGCUGCCGGAAACAGUAUUUUACAGUCGCACAAAGUGCCGUUAGGGAUUCCGGUCGGCGUUCGCGACGGCGUGAAUCAGUAUCACCGUCCUCAAAGGCCGGCGCAGCAACAACAACCGCAGCCGGUUCCGUUGAAGAACCAGAAGAUUCAGUUCCGGCGCCGCGGUCCACCGUUGGAAUCAGAUUCGGACGAGCGUGGCGCGUCAUCGCCAGCUUCGAGCGACAGUUUUCCCCCGGAGAGUUUCGAGCGGAAGAGGCCGCGGGUGAUGAGUUCGAACGCAGGGAAAGGAAGUGAAGGAAGACGGAGGGCGAAGGGUUGGGGAAGCGCGGUGAGGGAACUGACGCAGGCGAUUCUGAAAUUUGGCGAGGCGUAUGAACACGCGGAGAGCUCGAAGCUGCAGCAGGUGGUGGAGAUGGAGAAGCAGAGGAUGAAGUUCGCGAAGGAUUUGGAGUUGCAGAGGAUGCAGUUUUUCAUGAAGACACAACUGGAGAUUUCGCAACUCAAGCUUGGAAGAAAAGGUGCUAAUCCUGGCAACAAUCACCAUAGCACCACGAACAAUAACAAUAACAACAAUCAUAACAACAAUAAUAGCGACAGCGAGUGAAUGUGAGAAUGAGUGAGGGAUAACUAGGUUAAGCUUAAAGUUAAGGUUAAGGUUAGGAUUGAAUUGCAUUAGCAUGUGGUGUAUGAGUUUAGUUUUUAUUAUUAUUUAUCCCUUAAUUGUUACAGUUAACUUAAGCGGAUUGCUGCACCCUAAAACAGAGCAGGAAAACUUGCAGGAGUAUGUGCUGAGUAGUGAAUAAUCUAAUAAUCUCUUUGCAGCAGAUGUAUCAGUUCUCAUAAUGUGUAACACCGUUCUGGGUUAUAUUAGUAUCAGGCAUCAUAUCAUCAUUCAUUAUUCGUAGCUCUAGCAUAAACUAUUGUUUGUACAUACUUGAAAUGCAACCUCAUGAUGCCAAUUUAGUGCA